AUGCUCGCCCAAGCCCACUUCCCCGGAACCCCCGAGCAAGUGGGGCACUGGAUCGCUAAACUCGGGCUGGCGGGAUACACGCGGUCGUUUUUAGAGAACGAGAUAACGGGCGAGGAGUUGCUGAGAGCCGACCAUGAUAUGCUCAGAGCGCUGAAUGUGCACUCGGUCGGGCAUAGGUUGAGGAUUCUGACGGCUAUGUAUAAUAUGAAGGUUGCGCUGGAACUGCCGUUUGAGGACGGGGAUUAUGUUUCGGAGCAUCCCAAAGAGCAAACCGGACUGAAGGACAUCAUAUCGCAACAAAGUGAGCAACCAGAUCUAUACACUUAUGUACCCGACGUGGUCGAUGCUAAACCUCGUUCGCUACCAUCAGACCUUAUAAUACGACGGCUUAAUCAAGAACUAGACGAAAUGUAUGCCUCAUUAGAACAGCUGAGGGAGGAUCUAAAACCUGUAUGGGAAUUGGUCCGCGAGCCACAGGACUGCGAGCAUACAGAGACUUUGAAGCCAAAGACGAACCUUCGACCUCAAACGCCACAGGUGUCCAACAGAGAUGUACUGAAGCGCGAAUAUACCGUUGAUACCUCCCGGCAUCCCGUAACAAACGUCCUCGCCAUGCGCGUCUACAUUGACCCCUCCCUCAACCGAAAAUCCGAACCCUACAAAACCGUGCAUCUCUCCAACCACGCCACCAUCAACCUCAUCAUCCCCGAAGUCCUGCGCAAGUACAAGCUCUGGGACGACCCGCAGAACUACGAGAUGAUCGUUUUGGAUAGAGACGAUGGGAGCACACGACGAUUGGAGACGUAUGAGUGGCCGCUGGAUAUCCUGAGGGAUAUGCCGAACGCGCGGUUUGUGUUGAAGCGCGCCGAGGGCGUCGAGGAGAUGAUUCUUUUGCCCGGCGGGAAGGCGCCGAUGCGGCCAUUACGGAUAGACACCAACACCGCCAAAUCCCUCGCACCAUCACAACCCACAAAUAGCAGCGCGUCCCCCUCCGAACGCGCGCAGGCCGUCGCGGUCUACGAGUACAACGCCACCCUCGCCGACGAGCUGGACGUAUCGAUCGGGGACCGGUUCGUGAUUGCACGGCGGUGUGAGGGGUGGUGUGAGGUGGAGAAGGAUGGACGGACGGGCUGGGUUCCGAGCGGGUGUCUGGCGGAGAUGAGUGAACAGCAGGAUGGGAGGUCGCCGGUCCAUCUGAAGACGUCGCCGUUGGAUAUUAAGCCGGCGCCGUACGUUAGCAUGCUGUCGUGA